ACCCAGCCCAGAGCUCUGAGUGGUUUCCUGUUGCCCGGCUCUAAACCCCUCCACAUUCCUGCAGACCUUCAGACUGCCCGGAACACACUCCGCCAGCCGCCUGCCCGCCACUGAGGGUUCCCAGCACCAUGAGGGCCUGGAUCUUCUUUCUCCUUUGCCUGGCCGGAAGGGCUUUGGCAGCCCCUCAGCAGGAAGCCCUGCCUGAUGAGACAGAGGUGGUGGAGGAAACCGUGGCUGAGGUGUCCGAGGUACCUGUGGGAGCCAACCCUGUCCAGGUGGAAGUAGGAGAAUUUGACGAAGGUGCUGAGGAAGCUGAAGAGGAGGUGGUGGCUGAAAACCCCUGCCAGAACCACCACUGCAAACACGGCAAGGUGUGCGAGCUGGAUGAGAACAACAGUCCCAUGUGCGUGUGCCAGGACCCUACCAGCUGCCCUGCCCCCAUUGGCGAGUUUGAGAAGGUGUGCAGCAAUGACAACAAGACCUUCGAUUCCUCCUGCCACUUCUUUGCCACCAAGUGCACCCUGGAGGGCACCAAGAAGGGCCACAAGCUCCACCUGGACUACAUCGGGCCUUGCAAAUACAUCCCCCCCUGCCUGGACUCUGAGCUGACCGAAUUCCCCCUGCGCAUGCGGGACUGGCUCAAGAAUGUCCUGGUCACUCUGUACGAAAGGGAUGAGGGCAACAACCUUCUGACCGAGAAGCAGAAGCUGCGAGUGAAAAAGAUCCACGAGAAUGAGAAGCGCCUGGAGGCUGGAGACCACCCGGUGGAGCUGCUGGCCCGGGACUUCGAGAAGAACUACAACAUGUACAUCUUCCCCGUGCACUGGCAGUUCGGCCAGCUGGACCAGCACCCCAUUGACGGGUACCUGUCCCACACGGAGCUGGCCCCACUGCGUGCACCCCUCAUCCCCAUGGAGCACUGCACCACCCGCUUUUUCGAGACCUGUGACCUGGACCAUGACAAGUACAUCGCCCUUGAUGAGUGGGCCGGCUGCUUCGGCAUCAAGGAGCAGGAUAUCGACAAGGACCUGGUGAUCUAACCUCCUGCCUCCUUCCGCAGGACCGGAGAAUUCUCCCUCUCUGACCUUUCCCUUCCUGUUUCCCCCAAUGUUUAAAAUGUUUGGAUGGUUUGUUGUUCUGCCUGGGGACAAGGUGCUAACAUAGAUUUAAAUGAAUACAUUAACGGUGCUAAAUACGGAAAUUUUAACCCAAGUCAUGACACUCUUAGUUGUAGCUCGGCUAUCAAGGCCUCUUGCUCACCCACUAACGGUCCCAUUUUUCUCUUGCCUCUUGCAGCAUUGCUCAUCGUCUUGGUGGCCUAUGGGUGGGAACUGAUCUGCUCAAGUCCGCCUUCAACACAUACUGCAUCUUCAGAUUUUCUCUCUAUUUCUCUCUUUGAAAGUAACACUCACCAAGUCAGACUUUGUGUUAAUUUUAUUUAGGGUAUUGGCUGCCAGGGGGUGGGGUGGGUCUUCCUCACGUGACUUGAAGUUGGGCAAAGGGAAGUAACAGAUACAUGAUGUUGGCAAGGACAUUUCCGGGACGAGAGAACCUGUGGUGUAGAAAUCCCUGCAGAUGCCAUCAACCAGAACCACAGAUAACACGUCUGUUUGCCUGGGGCUGUAACUGAGAGAAAGAACCUGGGGCUGUGUUAGGAAAAUCUGUAAACUCUCACAGGAGCCCAGCCCCUCACCGUUUCCUCCCUCACUUUCCAGGGCCAUUUCUUUUCACAUUAGGCUGUUUGUUCCAACUUUUGGGAGCUGUGGACCACAGUUCUCUGGAAGCUGGGAGUCUCCAGGACUCUGGGGGGUGGAUCCGCACAUUCUACAGGGCUUCUCUCCUCCGAACCGUCCUUGGGAGACACUGGCUGGGCUGUUGCAGCCAGGAAGGCCAAAAUCAAGGGUGAGGCGUAGAAAGUUGUAAAAUAGAAAAAGUGGAGUUGGUGAAUUGGUUUUGUUUUUUGGGUUUUUCUUUUUUUUUCCCGUUUGGAUGGCUGUCCUGAGGGGUCUUUCCCUCGGUUUCUAGCAUGUUCCUCCUCCUUUUCUCCCUCUGCCCCUUUUUCUUUUAUUAAUCAAGAGAAACUUCAAAGUCAAUGGGAUGGUCGGAUCUCACAGGCUGAGAACUCGUUCACCUCCAAGCAUUUCAUGAAAAAGCUGCUUCUUAUUAAUCAUGCAAACUCUCGCCAUGAUGUGAAGAGUUUGACAAAUCUUUCAAAAUAAAAAGUAAGGACUUAGAAACUGC